ACCGACGCUCCUUCCGAUUUCUAGGGAUUUCAAUUUCAGGGAAGAUCAAAUUACUGGAGAGGAAGAGCACAGAGUAAGCAGAAGCUGCCGGCGCGAUGUCCUACUUGCUGCCGCAUUUGCACUCUGGAUGGGCCGUCGAUCAGGCCAUCCUCGCCGAGGAAGAGCGCCUCGUCGUCAUCCGAUUCGGCCACGAUUGGGAUGAGACCUGUAUGCAGAUGGAUGAAGUGUUGUCCUCUGUUGCUGAUACAUUGAAGAACUUUGCGGUGAUAUACCUGGUGGACAUCACCGAGGUGCCCGAUUUCAACACCAUGUACGAGCUGUACGAUCCAUCAACCGUCAUGUUCUUCUUCAGGAACAAGCACAUCAUGAUCGAUCUCGGCACUGGAAACAACAACAAGAUCAACUGGGCUCUCAAGGACAAGCAGGAGUUUGUUGACAUUGUGGAGACGGUCUAUCGGGGAGCGAGGAAAGGGCGUGGUCUCGUCAUUGCUCCCAAGGACUACUCCACCAAGUACCGGUACUGAAAGAGUUCUGCAGCAGGAACUGUGGAUUUUUAUCUGUACCAGGUGAUACUGGACGAUUCCUCAAAUGCUGUUAUAUUGCCAAAUAUUGCUACUGAUGUAUUGUUGCAUUUGAACAUUUGAACCAACAUGGAAUGUUGUAAUGAUGUCUUUUAAUGCUUAUGUCGUGGAGACAGUCUAUCAUGGACAUCAUCUUGUUUCUCGAAACACCUUUUCAAGAGUCCAGCCCUUUG